AUGUCUGUUGCACAUACUGAUCAAGAACACAAAUCACUUCAAGAUGAAGAAAUCCAAGUUCAAAGUUUAGGAGAUGAAGAUUAUUUAGAUCAUCAUCAACUAAAUAAAAUUUACUUAAAACUUGAUUUUAGAAUCAUUCCUGCUUUAUGGUGUCUUUAUUUUUUUACCAUGUUAUGUAGUCUUUCAUAUGGUUUAACAUUAACUAUGAAUAGAGAACAAGGACAUUCAUUGAUUCAAUAUUUGAAAUUAUCGACUCAUGAUUUAUCCCUUGCUCUGUCUUUAGAAACUGUUGCUUUUAUUGUAUUUGAUCUUCCUAUGAAUUUAAUCAUGACUAAAGUAUCUCCUCAAACUUGGUUAGCUAGAAUUGUUAUUACUGUUGGUGUUGUUUAUUGUUUUUAUCAUAUUUUACAUAAUACUGCGGGUUUAAUUGUUAUUCGUGUUGUUAGUGGUAUUGUUGGUGCUGGUAUUUGGCCAGGUAUGACAUAUUAUAUUUCAUUAUGGUAUCCUAAUGAAAUUAUGACUCGUCGUAUUGGUUAUUAUUUCACUGCUGCUCAAAUCUCUGCCGCGGCUGCUGGGUUGAUAAGUGCUGGUGUUCAAAGAAUGGAUGGAGUUAAAGGAUACUAUGGAUGGCAAUGGAUGUAUUUAAUUUAUGGUGUUGUAACGAUUGCUGUUGGUAUUUCAUUGUUAUGGUGGCUACCAGAUAGACCAUUUGCAGUCAAAUCUGAACCAACAAAUACAUUGAUGAGAUUCUACAGAAAAUAUUUAACUCCUCCAUAUCCAUUAAACAACAAAGAUAGAGAAUUACAUCGUCGUGAUAUGGGGAAAAGAAGUAAAUUGGUCACUUGGGGUUGGAGAGAUAUUUUCCGUAUUAUUACAGAUAUUCGAAUUUGGCCAAUUAUCAUCAUGUAUUUCGGUGUUGUUGGAACUGGUAUGGGAUUAGCUGUUUUUGGAUCUGUUAUUAUCUCAGUACAAAACCCUUCUUUAUCUUCAGUCAAUGUCUCUUUAUUAUAUGCUCCAAUUUGGUUGUUUGAUCUUGGUGGGAUUUUAAUCAUGACUCCAUUUGCUGAUAAAUUUAGAAAUUUACGUCCUGUUAUUUUCAGUUUUGCAUGUAUGAUCAUUAUCACUGGUAUGUUGGUGACAACUUAUGCCCAUGGACCAUGGAACAAGUAUGCGGGCUUGUUAAUUGCAGGAUUUGGUUUGGGUCCAACUGUUCCAAUUUGUAUGUCAUGGUCUUCUGAGAUUUUUGCCAAAGAUUAUGGUGAUGUAGGUAGUGCAGUUAGUGCUGCUUUAGUCAGUGGUUUGGGUAAUUUAGGGACUGUAACAGCUACUUAUGCUUUAUAUUCUGGUUGGCCUGCUGACGAGGCAAGGUUGUUUAGAGAUUCAAAUAUGAUGUUAGUACUCAUGUUAGGAGUCAGUAUCAUUGCGUCAGGUGUUUGUUACUUACUUAAGGAUAAAAGAAGGCAAUUCAUCUGA